AUGCAGAUGCUGUCCCAACGAAUUGCGCGGGUCUCGACGAUCCGCGGUGCUGCUCAGGCAGCCCGCCGAACUCCCAUUGUCCAGCAACGAUCCUUCUUCCCGCCCUCCUUCAACGACCGCAGCGUUCUUGAGGAGAAGUACCCCGAGUACCCGAAGCUUUCCGAGCAGGAGGACCCCAACAUGAACGGCGGCUACAUUAACCCUCCUUUCAUCAAGCGCCAGUUCCGUGACCCCCACGGCAACUGGUGGGACAAGCAGGAGCGCCGCAACUUCGGCGAGCCCGUACACGAAGACCACGAUCUGCUCGGCAUGUUCUCCCCCUUCGAGUACACAUGGACUACCACCGGCCGUGGUCUUUUCCAGAUCGGUGCUUUCAUCACCGCUUUCCUCGGUGUCUGCGGUGUCGUCUACCUGAACUACCCCGACAAGCCUUCCUACCCGAGAGAGUUCCCCGGUGGACUGGACAGAGAGCUUGGUGGUGCCGGAGCUGUGCGGGCGAGACAGGCUGGUGAUGCUGACCCGUGA